AUGGAAUAUACUGCUGUGAUGUUGAAGUUUGGUUUGGGGAUUGGGGAUCGAAGUAAAAACGCUCGCCACCGCUGUGAGGGACCGCAACUCAAUUCAGUGAAGAAUGCUACAAGCUUUCUCACCGUUCAUGAAGUAAAUCAGAAUCAAUAUACAAAUCAGAAGGAACCGUCAUCCAUCGUAACAAUACUACUUCCUCUCUCCUCCAAUGCUUGCCAAAGUAUCCUUCGUGCUAUUGCCCACGCUGUUUGUCGCCUGUCCCAGUCCUUGUCCGGCACCAGAGACAGUGUCUCCAAGUCCUUGGGUGGCUCCGCCGACGGUGUCUCCGAGUCCUUUGGUCGUGCCACCAACAGUUUGUCCAAGGCCACCAACAGUGUUACCGACAGUGUUUGUGAGGCCACCAACGGUAUUGCCUAG